ACCACUGCGAAUGAAUGAGCUGCCCUGUUCAAUGCGAUCAUUUGAUCAUGCAUAUUAUGGAAGCGCAAAUGUGCUUUUAAUUGGAAUGUUUGAUAAACUUGGGAAUGGAAUUCAAAACACAGCGUUGUGAAAACAAUUAAGAAGUUUAAGUUUGGGAAACACUGAGAUCCUACGCACAAUGUAGCCUAAUCGUAUGUCUAAUAUUUGGCCUAACGUGGAAAUGCAAUGCAUCAACGCAACGAAUGCAAUCUAAGGAUCUGAAGAUACUGCGUGUUUAAGCUUCAUUAAAGGGACAACUUAUAAUGGGAUGAAAUGUUUAAAACGCAUCUAAAAUGCCGAACUUGCACAUGUUCAAUUCAAAUGGGUCAAUAUGCUGAAAUGGAGGACUGUGUUUUAAAGCAUUAAAGGAGGUCUAAAGGGGCAUUACGUUUAACAAUCAAAAACCAACAACUGUAUCAUUGUAAAUUGAGUGAACUAAAAGUGAAUGAUGGAGGAUGAAAUCCCAAAUAAGACUCCACUGGAGAGGGCAGAGGAGCAUCUAAAUUCACUCUAUGCAGCCCGGAGAGGCAAACUUGGAGUGUGUACACGCAAAAUGAAUGAAAUAAAAGCCCUUCUUGUUGAUGGAGGAAACAUUGAAACUGUGGAUGAGAGUCUUGAAGCAUUCCAUGCUGUUCUCAAUGACUUUAAGAAUGCUCAUAAUUCUGUGCUAGAGCUGGUCACAGAGGAGGAACACGAACAGGAGAGCAUUAACUAUUAUCAACCAAGAAUGAGAACUUAUGAACAUUUCCUGAAAGAGGUGGAAAUAUGGAAAAAAGCUGAAACCGAGCCACAAACGCUCAUUGAACCACACGACAGCAUUUCCAACGUGUCAAAAACAUCAAGUAAAACAAAGUCUUCUAAAACUGCUUCCUCAGUGUCCUCUGCACGCCUAAAAGCUGAGGCAGAACGAGCAGCUCUACUAGCUUGCCAAGCAUCAUUACAGGACAAGCAUGCAUUGGAACUGGAGAAAGCUCAACUGGAACAACAGAAAGCUCAACUGGAACAACAGAAAGCUCAACUGAAUGUUAGGAUGGAAAAAAUUACACUGGAAACGGACAUAGCAGCAUAUAAUGCCAAACUGAAGGUUCUGGAGAGUGUUGAGUCAACUUCUCAAUCCCAUUCUGUGGCAGUCCAUUUUCUAAGCCAAGAAGAUGGAAUGAACUCUUAUUUUGAGAACCAGGAACCCGAGGUCUAUAAGGAACCUGAACCAUCACCUGUUGAGUUUGCUGCAUUAGGUGCAGUUCCAAAGACCCCACUACAAAGUUUUACAACAACCGACCACAAAGCCAUCAAAACCUAUUCAGAAAACAGUCAUAAACCACACCCUUCAGCAGCCAACAUCAAGGUCUAGCAAUCAACACAGAAUCAACACUGCGGGUAUCAGCCAUAAUACCAGCCAUGAUAACCUCUCUACUGUUAUGCAAAGGCAGAAUGAAAUUGCUGACCUCCUUGUACUACAGCACAAACAGGCCACACUCCCAGUUAGGGAGAUACCUAUGUUUGUCGGUGAACCUCUAAACUUUAGGCCAUUUAUGCGUGCAUUUGAGCAUGGAAUAGAAGAUAAGACAAGCAGCCACCAGGAUAGGCUCUAUUACCUGGAACAGUACACCUCUGUUCAGCCCAAGGAUCUGGUCCGUAGUUGUCUGCAUAUGGAAGCCAGAAGAGUCUAGUCCUUUACAUACAUACACUCAAUUUGGUAGCAUUGCCUUUAAAUUGUUUAACUUGGGUCAAACAUUUUGGUUAGCCUUCCACAAGCUUCCCACAAUAAGUUGGGUGAAUUUUGGCCCAUUCCUCCUGACAGAGCUGGUGUAACUGAGUCAGGUUUGUAGGCCUCCUUGCUCGCACAUACUUUUUCAGUUCUGCCCACAUAUUUUCUAUAAGAUUGAGGUCAGGGCUUUGUGAUGGCCACUCCCAUACCUUGACUUUGUUGUCCUUCAAUUUUGUCACAACUUUGGAAGUAUGCUUGGGGUCAUUGUUCAUUUGGAAGACCCAUUUGCGACCAAGCUUUAACUUCCUGACUGAUGUCGUGAGAUGUUGCUUCAAUAUGUCCACAUCAUUUUCCUCCCUCAUGAUGCCAUCUAUUUUGUGAAGUGCACCAGACCCUCCUGCAGAAAAACACCCCCACAACAUGAUGCUGCCACCCCCUUGCUUCACGGUUGGGAUGGUGUUCUUGGGCUUGCAAGCCUCCCCCUUUUUCCUCCAAACAUAAUGAUGGUCAUUAUGGUCAAACAGUUCUAUUUUUGUAUCAUCAGACCAGCGGACAUUUAUCUAAAAAGUAUAAUCUUUGUCCCCAUGUGCAGUUGCAAACCGUAGUCUGGCUUUUUUAUGGUGGUUUUGGAGCAGUGGCUUCUUCCUUGCUGAGCGGCCUUUCAGGUUAUGACGAUAUAGGACUCGUUUUACUGUGGAUAUAGAUACUUUUGUGCCUGUUUCCUCCAGCAUCUUCACAAGGUCCUUUGCUGUUGUUCUGGGAUUAAUUUGCACUUUUCGCACCAAAGUACGUUGAUCUCUCGGAGACAGAACGCGUCUCCUUCCUGAGCGGUAAGACGGCUGCGUGGUCCCAUGGUGUUUAUACUUGCGUACUAUUGUUUGUACAGAUGAACGUGAUACAUUCAGGCAUUUGGAAAUUGCUCCCAUGGAUGAACCAGACGUGUGGAGGUCUACAAUUUUUCUUGGCUGAUUUCUUUUGAUUUUCCCAUGAUGUCAAGCAAAGAGGCACUGAGUUUGAAAGUAGGCCUUGAAAUACAUCCACAGGUACACCUCCAAUUGACUCAAAUUAUGUCAAUUAGCCUAUCAGAAGCUUCUAAAGCCAUGACACAAUUUUCUGGAAUUUUACAAGCUGUUUAAAGGCACAGUGAACUUAGUGUAUGUAAACAGUCAACUUAGUGUAUGUAAACUACUGACCCACUGGAAUUGUGAUACAUUGAAUAUUAAGUGAAUUAUUGUAACAGCUGUUGGAAGGAGGUGUGGACCAAAGCACAGCGUUGUUCAUGAUUUGUAUUUGACUGAACACUAAAACACAACAACAACUUGAAUAAACGAAACACUAAACAGUCCUGUAAAGUGCAUAAACACUAAACAGUCCUGUAAGGUGCAUAAACACUAAACAGUCCUGUAAAGUGCAUAAACACUAAACAGUCCUGUAAGGUGCAUAAACACUAAACAGUCCUGUAAGGUGCAUAAACACUAAACAGUCCUGUAAGGUGCAUAAACACUAAACAGUCAUGUAAGGUGCAUAAACACUAAACAGAAAAUAACUACCCACAAGACACAGGUGGGAAAAGGCUACCUAAGUAUGGUUCUCAAUCAGAGACAACGAUAGACAGCUGCCUCUGAUUGGGAACCACACCCGGCCAAACACACAGAAAUAGAAAACAUAGAUCACAAAAAAAACAUGCCCACCCCAAGUCACGCCCUGACAGAACCAAAAUAGAGACAUAAAAAGGAUCUCUAAGGUCAGGGCGCGACAAUUAUAAUUGAAAUAAGCUGUCUGUAAACAAUUGUUGGAAAAAUGACUUGUGUCAUGCACAAAAUAGAUGUCCUAACUGACUUGCCAAAACUAUAGUUAAUAACAAGAAAUUUGUUGAAAAAACGAGUUUUAAUGACUCCAACCUAAGUUUAUGUAAACUUCCGACUUCAACUGUAUAUUUGAAUUUAUUCAUUUAUUAUUAUUAUUAUUUAUUAUUAUCAUUAUUAUUUAUAGUUAACUUUCAUUCAGAAAUUACUUCAUAUUUCUGAGUUAGUCAGAUAUUAGUUUAGAAAGAUUUGGGAUCUAACUAGCUAGCAUGCUACCAGCUAGAUAUUAGCUAGCUGCUUAUGAAAGGUUGAUAACUAGUUAAUUUGACACCCAAAAAAUCGUUCAAACUAUUUGUCAAUGUUUCUCAAUUACUGUCGCUGGCUAAUGAAUUUGAUCAUGCUUUGUGAUACAGCCAGUUUUCUGUUGUUUUAGUCCACACAUGUUGGCCUGUCACCUACAGUAGAACAUGAAGAACAGCAUUGGUGAAUGUAGGGUGUGUCAAUAUUUAUAUAUAUUUAGACUCUGCAUCGUUGGGAAGGGCUAGUCAGUCAGUCCGUGAUGGUAAAGUCUGUUGUAUUCGGUGCAUGUGACAAAUACAAUGUGAUUUAGGUUCACAUAGAAACAUCCACACCUUUGAA